UAUAGCCCCUCCUGCCCCAACGACUUUCUUUAACGCAAGUGUCUUCAACCUCCAAAUUCCCCUCUACUGAGUGGUUCCUAUCAACUCCUGUGACCUCUACAAGUCAUCCUUUCAUCCUUCCUUUCUUUCUUUCUUUCUUUCCCAUCUCUCAAUUUUCUUGAAGAUGGUCACUGAUGGAGAACAGAAGAGAUUUUGUAUGUUAAUGGCUGUAAGGGAUUCUGAUUAUGUGAAGAAAGUCUAUGGUGGGUACUUUAAUGUAUUUCUUAAAGCAUUUGCAGAAAAAGGGGAACAAUGGGACUUCUUUAGGGUUGUUGAUGGAGAGUUCCCUGACAUGGAUGAUCUUCAUAAGUACCAUGGUUUUGUCAUCAGUGGUAGCCCUUCUGAUGCUUAUGGAAAUGAGUUAUGGAUCUUGAAGCUUUGCUUUCUUUUGGAAACACUAGAUGCCAUGGAAAAGAAGGUCCUUGGCAUAUGCUUUGGUCACCAGGUAUUGUGCAGAGCAUUGGGUGGUAAGGUUGGGAAAGCUAAUGGUGGAUGGGAUCUUGGGUUGAGGAAAAUAAGGAUUGUGGAAGACUUGCCCCUUUGUAAUAACUUCUUUGGUGCCCUUCAGGAUAUCCCUCCUUCCCUUACCAUCAUUGAGUGUCAUCAAGAUGAGAUAUGGGAAGUACCUUCGGGAGCUGAGGUGAUUGGGUUCUCAGAGCAGACAGGAGUGGAGAUGUUUGUAAUUGGAGAUCAUAUAUUAGGCAUCCAAGGCCACCCUGAAUACACCAAAGACAUCUUAUAUGAAAUCAAUCGGCUCACUAAUAACAAGUCCAUACAGAGAGAAUUUGCAAGAGGAGCAAAAUCAGAUGGAUAG